UGAACAUUUGUUGAGAAAGGUAGUUACCUGGAAAAACUAUUUAUAAAUAUUAUAUAAAAAUGACAGUAAACCAAGAGAAAAGCAAACAAUGGCCUCAAUAUCUGGCCACCAUCAUAGGUUCUUUGAGCACAUUUGGGAUUGGCUUGCAGUUUGGUUGGCCUUCACAAGCAAUACCCAAAAUACUUUCUGACGAAUUUCCGGGAAACAUCACAAAAGACGAGGCUUCUUACAUUCUUUUAAUUGGUCCGUUAUCAUAUCUGGUUGCCGCUCCAUUAUUUGCCUUCCUUGGCGAUAUAAUCGGGAGAAAGAAAAGUUUGCUCCUGCUCGCCGUUCCUCAAGUGAUUGCAUGGAUUCUCAUAGCCCAUGCAAGGACGGCCGUGAUCUUCUAUGUGGCUCGACUGAUAGCUUCCGCGUCUGAGGGUGGACUUUAUGCAAUCUACCCCAUGUAUAUAGGAGAAAUAUCAGAGCCAAAGAUUAGAGGAAUAUUAGGAUCAUCAUUGUCCGUUUCUAUUUUGGUCGGACAGCUGAUAAUGACUGCGUAUGGAUCUUACACGUCAUUGACAGUCUCUGCCUACAUUGCGUGCGUAUUUCCUGUACUGUUUCUAGUCCUUUUUGUUUGGAUGCCCGAGUCUCCUUAUUAUCUUUUAAUGAGAGAGAGAAGAGACGACGCUGAAAAGUCCCUCAGGAAAUUGAGAAGAAUGGAAAAUGUUGAUUCAGAACUGGAGAGACUAACUGCAGAUGUUCAACGACAAAUGUCUGAAGCUACCACAAUAAAAGAAUUGUUCAAGGUUGAGAGUAACAGAAAAGCGCUGAGAAUCAUGUUUUGGCUCAGACACUUCCAGCAGUGGUGCGGAAUUGCUCCCAUAGCAUUCUAUUCGCAAAUGAUUUUUAAAGAAGGCGGUGACUUCUUAUCGCCGAAAGUUUCUUCUUUAAUCGUAUUCCUCACGCAAACAGUGUUUACUUUUGGAACAUCUUUGGUAAUAGACAAACUAGGUAGAAGACCGCUGUUCAUAGUUUCUUCAAUUUUCACAUCUCUUAUACUUUACAUACUGGCCGUGUACUUUCUUGUAAAAGGUAGCAACUACGACGUGUCCAAUUUCACAUGGGUCCCUAUAGUAGGGAUGAAUCUGUUCAUGGCGUUCAUGAGUAUUGGAAUUGGAAUAGCGCCGAAUUUGAUGUUGAGCGAAAUGUUUUCCGCAAGUAUAAAGGCCAAAGCUUUAAGCAUUUGUUCGAUAUAUUUUGCAAUCUGUUUAAGCAUAACCCCGCAGGUUUAUCAUCUUUUGGAAACGCAUUUGGACAUUUGCGCUCCAUUUUUCUUAUUUGCAACGUCUACCCUUAUAGGUGCCAUGUACGCGUACGUGUGGAUGCCCGAGACCAAAGGAAAAACGUUGGAAGAAAUACAGCAGCACCUGAAGGGACGAGAUCGAAAACGUAAAACAACUGUUCAAAACGUGGCAAAAAAUGCAUGAGCAAUCGAGGCGGGAAUUUCAAACUUCUGUAAUAAUUAUCAUAUAAGUGCGAUUGUGUUGAAUUUGUGAACAAUAACAGACAUUUAUAAUAAAUUAAAAUUAAUACGAUAAUACUAGUAAAUAGUACCGAUGUCAGAACACUAAAAAGAUAGGUAUCAUUAUCAUCUGCUAUUUUGGGUCCAACCGAUUAGCAGAUGAUGAUACUCAUGUAUUUAGAGUUUUAUAAUUAGUAACAUUGCAGAUAUAAGCUUAAGGGAAUUGUAAUAAAAAUGUUUUUUAUAAGAUGGUUUUUGCAAAAUUACAAUGAAAUAAAACUGUUUAAAAGUA